AUGGGAAAUACGCCAGAAACCCAGGUCGAUGCUACCACCGUUGAAAAUGGGAAGAAGGCCUUCCAGCCGCGCGACAUUACACACGAGCCCUCCACAUUCUCUCUCCCGGACGAAUCGUGGACUUCCAUGUUCGAAACGGCAUGUGCUUUUGAGCCGGAAUAUUACCAGCGCGUCAUGCUGAACCUCAUUCGUCACCCGGAGAUUGCAUCAACCUACCUUUUUCGCGCCGAAAUCUUCUAUGAUAGCUUCAACGACCCAGAGGGAAAAUUCGUCAAACAUAUCAAGGCCGAUUACCAACCACUCCCAUGUCACGUACCAGGCUACCAAUUAGAACAGACCAUCGUGCGGCGUAUGAUCCCGCGCAAUCCACAGCGUGACAACCCUCUGGUUCAAACCUGCCACGUCUUCCAGAAGAGAGACGACGCCGGCUCUGUAAGGAAUCUUGUAGUCUACAUCCCCCACGCCCAGUCCGCAUCCGAAGUUCCCUUCUACCACCCCACCGUCGCCGCCCUCGCUUUCCUCCAUACCUGGCCGUCAUCCCACCCCACUCCAAAUCCCUCCCCCAACGCCUCCCCAACAACCCUCGGCCAGUUCUCCAUCCACUACCGCCUCUUCCCCACGCACCCGCUGGACAACCGCCUCACUCGCACCGCGCUCAGCCUCCUCACCCUCAUCAACAAGCACAGCCUCGGCCAGAAGGCCGGCUACACUAAACGCGUCCACCACGACCAAGUCAUCCCGCAAGCCCGCUUCCAGGACACCUACACCCGGCUGAAGACGGUAUACGCCAAGAACUUGAUCGACGGCUGGGUCGAGCAGACGCCGCCGGGCAAGCAUGUCUUCGAGGAUCUGGGUAUCGCAGCAUUCCUGCUCGAGCUGUGGCGUGACAUGUACGCCACUCCCAUCGCCAACGACGCCAGCGGCGCAGGCAAGGAGAAGAGAGAAAGUGACGAGCAGCAUCCGGCACAAAGCAAAGACGACAAAGAAGCGGCGAGCAUCAAACCCCCCUUCCCGGGCUUCGUCGACAUCGGCUGCGGCAACGGCGUGCUCGUGCACGUCCUGCGCAGCGAAGGCUACCCCGGCUGGGGCUUCGACGCCCGCCGCCGCAAGACGUGGGACACGUUCCCGCCCGCCGUCCGCGACGACCUGAAGGAGAUGGUUCUCGUGCCCGAGUCCUUCACGCGUGCUGCUGGUGCCGCCACCUCUGCCGCCGCUGACGCCGCGACCACCCCCCUCGCGGACCUCAAGCUCUCAGACGACAACGCUACCGCUGGCGCCCCCGCCUCCUUCUUCCACAACGGCAUCUUCCCUCCGGGCACCUUCAUCAUCUCCAACCACGCCGACGAACUCACCCCGUGGACGCCCCUCCUCGCUUUCCUCUCCUGCUCGCCCUUCAUCGCCAUUCCCUGCUGCAGCCACAACUUCGCCGGCGCGAAGUUCCGCGCGCCGGUACAAAAAUCCGCCUCCGAUAGAAAGGAGAAGGAGAAGGCGAAAGAAAAGAGGGAGGAAGAAAGAGGCGGUGCAACAGGCUCGCUCGCCGCCGGUAAUAAGAAAGGCAACGGUGGGAAAAACCAGCAGCCCUCCGCGUAUGCGACGCUGUGCGACUGGGUCGCGCGGUUGGCGGAGGAUGUGGGGUUUGUCCCCGAGAAGGAGAUGUUGAGGAUUCCGUCGACGCGGAAUGCGGGGAUUAUUGGGAGGAGGAGGAGGGGGGAGAGGCGUGGGGACGAUGAGGGCGAGACGCAGCUGGAUGAUAGGCUGGAGGUUGUCCGGAAGCUGUUGGUCAAGGAGAUGGGCGGGAACGUGGAUGGGGCCGGGGGGUUGGAAGGUGUUGGGAGGGAGUGGGUGGAGAGGGCGGGGAAGUUGGUGAAGGGGCAGGGUGGUGGGCAUUGA